AGCAGUGUAAGCUGAAGGAAAAGCUGCUUCCUAAUAACUGGAGUUUGCUGUGGUGUGAUUGCAAUGUUAGUUUCCAGUCACUAGAGGGUGGGUAAGCCUGAGCUAUGUUAGCGAGGUGCAUCUGUGGAGUUACAGCACAUGACAGGAGUGAAGUGAAGAGAAAGCACUGGAAAGAGGUGGAGUGGUGAGAGAGAGAGACACAGAAGUGACACAAAUCAAUGUGAGCACCCAAACCACCAUCACCAUCACCAGCAGCAGCGGCAGCGGCAGCAGCAGCAGCCUCCCCGACCUCCAUCACCUCUCUGCCUUUCCCAGGGAGAUACGGAUCGAGUCACAGGAAAGACUGUCUCCUCAACAACGCAGCAUCUGGAGUGAGCGGGUCAGUCGAAGAGGUGCUGCUGACGUUUUCUUCAUCAGGUUCUUCCCUUAAGUGACUGGAUGUCUUCCAAGCGACCAGCCUCUCCAUAUGGGGGGACAGAUGGAGAGGUAACCAUGGCAACCAGCAGACAGCGAAUGGAGGAUGAGGAUAGCGAGGGACUGGGCGGUGUCAUCCACCUACCCCUGGCCUCCUACUGCGGCAAGGUGUCCCCUCGCUCGCCCCACAACCGCAACUUGGACAGCCCCCCCAACAUGGAGCAGGACGGCACUAAGCGGAGCUCUUUGAGUCCUUACCCCCAGCACAAUGCUACCUCACCAGGCAAAGAGGAUGGUGGAGGAGGUGGGCGGGCCUGCAGCGAUGGAAGCUUAGCCACAGGUACCCUCGGGACUCCAGAGAGACGCAAGGGCAGCCUGGCAGACGUGGUGGACACACUGAAACAGCGCAAGAUGGAGGAGCUGAUCAAGAACGAGCCAGAAGGUGGUUUCUCAUCCUCGUCACAUUCACUCCACGGCAGGGAGAGAAAAAUAGAGCGAUGGAAAGUAAAGAAAGAACUUUGUGCUGGAAUGAUGGAGGCCCCCAGCAUUGAGAGGCUGUUGUCAAAGGACUGGAAGGAUAAACUUUUGGCCAUGGGCUCAGGGCACAUCGGAGAGAUUAAAGGUACUGCGGACAGCCUGGCGGAGAAAGAGCGCCAACUCAUGGGCAUGAUUGGCCAGUUGAGCAGCCUGAGGGAGCAGCUCCUGGCGGCCCACGAGGAGCAGAAGAAGCUGGCCGCCUCGCAGAUGGAGAAGCAGAGGCAGCAGAUGGAGCUGGCCAAGCAGCAGCAGGACCAGAUUGCCCGGCAACAGCAGCAGCUUCUGCAGCAGCAACACAAAAUCAACCUCCUGCAGCAACAAAUCCAGCAGGUCCAGGGCCAACUCCCUCCGCUGAUGAUUCCCGUCUUUCCUCCGGACCAGAGGACUCUGGCGGCGGCGGCUGCCCAGCAGGGCUUCCUGAUGCCCCCUGGCUUCAACUACAAGCCUGGCUGCAGUGACCCCUACCCUCUCCAGCUCAUCCCCACAACCAUGGCGGCUGCUGCUGCUGCUGCCGCCGCCACACCAGGCCUCGGACCCCUACAACUCCAGCAGUUGUAUGCAGCUCAGCUGGCAGCCAUGCAGGUUUCCCCGGGGGCCAAGCAGCACGGAGGCAGCCUGCCACCCCAAGGCAGUAUGGGCACCCACUCCCCCCCCACCAACCCACACUCACAGAGCGACAAGGGCCGUAGCUCCCCGCUACCAAACAAAAAGGACAGUGAGGGUGCACAGCCACUGAACCUGUCGGCCAAGCCUAAGGCAUCCGAGAGCAAGUCACCCAACUCCCCCCCAACUUCCCCACAGGUCGCUGCUGCUGCUGCUGCCAAGCUGGGCCCUGCCAUGAAGCACAGCAUCGCCCCCUCCAGCAUCGGAGGCCCACCCACCAGGGUCAGCUCCAUAGCAGACUUGUUGUCGUCGCUGUCCACGACCGCCUACCUGAACGACCACGAGGCGGUGAGCAAGGCCUUCGCCGAGGCCCGGCAGAUGAAGGAGCAGCUGAAGAGGGAGCAGCAGGUGUUGGACGCCAAGGUUGCCGCCGUCAGCAACCUCAGCCUCAACAACGGACGCUCAGAUAAGGAAAAGGCCGCCCUGGAGAGUCUGAGUCAACAGCUGAAGCAGCAGGCGGAGGACAAGUUCAGCCACGCCAUGCUGGACUUCACCAUGAGCGGAGACUCUGACGGCUCCCCCAGUGUGUCAGACUCCAGAAUAUUCCGGGAGGCUCGGGGUCGCGGCACUGCCGAGCCUCACAUCAAGCGGCCGAUGAACGCCUUCAUGGUGUGGGCCAAAGACGAGAGGAGAAAGAUCCUCCAGGCCUUCCCCGACAUGCACAACUCCAACAUCAGCAAGAUCCUUGGCUCACGCUGGAAAGCCAUGACUAACCUGGAGAAGCAGCCGUACUACGAGGAGCAGGCUCGCCUCAGCAAGCAGCAUCUGGAGAAAUACCCCGACUACAAGUAUAAGCCCAGACCCAAACGCACCUGCCUGGUGGACGGCAAGAAGCUGCGCAUCGGCGAGUACAAGGCCAUCAUGAGGUCCCGCAGGCAGGAAAUGAGACAAUACUUCAGUGUGGGGCAGCAAGGCCAGAUGCCCUUGUCCUCCGGAGGCGUGGUUUACCCAGGCGCCCUCUCCAUGGCAGGAAUGCCCUCCCCUCAGAUGCCCUCAGAGCACUCAAGCAUGUCCAGCAGCCCCGAGCCAAACGCCACCCACCACCAGAACCCCCACCUGGCCGGUCUGAAGGGGGACGAGCCAAGAAUCAAGCAGGAGGAGCUGCGGCUGGACGACAGCAACGGUGAUGGGUACGACGACUUCGAAUACGAGGACGAAGAGGCAGACUACACCAGCGAUAAUGAGAACCAUAUCACCCAAUAGGAUGGCGGGACAGCCACCUAUUUAUAAGCCAAUCACAGCUGGUUAUCCCUACACAAUCCCAAACCCACCAAUCAGGAAGAAAACUCUCUCUUUUUGCCAAUCACCUCAAGUCCCUCAAUCUCACAACACCCGCCCCCCUCUACCCUUCCUGACUAACAUGGACUCUUUAACAGAGCCAGAGCCAGAGCCAGACCCCACCCCACUGGAGUCCUGAUACCAGCAUCUGAUCAAUCAACUGAAGCACAGGACCUGUCACUCACACUGACUGUUACACUAACUGGAGUCUGACGACCGAGCCAGCCUCCGACGCUUGCUGAGGAAUAAGUACUACUGCAAGGUUCUGAGUGUAAUACCAAGAGUGAGGAAAUAUCAGUCACACUCAAAAAGCAACCUUUUAGACCCGUUUGUAGAAAUAAAGGAGACAUUUUCAAAUGAAAGACGGAUCAGUGGACCUGUCAAAGGCUAACAGAUGACACUUUAAGAUGGCGGACCUGUUUAUUAUCAAGAGACACUUUUAAAAAGAAACAGCUUUUUUUGUUCUUUGGUUCUAUAAUAUUCUCACUCAGGUACACGGUGCCAAUAAGUGGCUUGUGAAUGUGAUUUGUUGUUUUUGUGCUACAAGUUUGAAUAAUAAUAGGAAAAAAGAGACAUUUCUUUUUUCCCCCCUUUGUUGUAAAGCACCUGAAAGACAUCAGACAUGUUUAUUUUUAACGAGAACAUAUCUUUUCUUCGACCUCGCAGUGUGCUGUCAGCAGUUCACCCCCUUUUUUCUCUGUGUUUUUUCCCUCUCCCCCCGCAAUUUGGGAAUCCGAUGGGACUGUCCAGCCAGGACUGACUAGUGCACCGUGGACUGUCCCACUUUAAGAGAUUUUCCGGGGGGAGAAGGGGAGUUUAGGAGCAGAAACAAAAGCACUGUGUUGUGAGACAAUCCACCAGUUUCUUCUCGCUCCGUCCCUCUAUCUUGAUCGUCCGGGGCUAAAAAUCAGGACAACUUAUCUCGAGUGUGUGUCGGUGUGUGAUAUGUGUACUCAUUUAUUGGCCAUUUGCACAUUUGUGUAAAAUCAAAUUUUCAGUGAGAGAAAAAGGCUUGAAAGGUCUCAGAUACAGAAAGACAGGCUUACACUGCUGCUGUUAUUUACUGUACCACACACACACACACACACACACACACACACCUGUUGUUCUACCCCUCAGUGUUUUCCUGCUCCCUCCAAUCAACAUCGUCCUGCUGCCCCCAGUGGGCGGAGCUGAAGCAGCCAGUCAGUGUUUCUGUUUGUAUUUGAAUACUGUAUUUUAUUUUUUUCUCUUCAAACUGCCUCUAGUCUAAUAAUAUUAUUAACAAUAAUUAUAAGGAUGGUCAGCGUUUCCUAAGUUUAGUAAGUUAUGUACAGUAUAAUUUAUUUUUCUCCUCUUUAUGACCAUAUGAAACUAUGACAGUCAAUGAAACAUUAUUCUAUUUAGCUGGUAGGUAUUUAGAUCUAAACAAAAGUUGUCAUUUUUACCUUGCUUUGUUUUGCAUUCUUUUGUUCCCUUCAUUUUGUAUUAAUCCCGCGGACGGGGGGGCGGGCGGAGUUGCCCCCGGCCCCCCUCCGAGCUGAAGACAUAACCUGUUCAAGUCCAAACCCAUUUCUAAAAAGCACUCAGACUUUGAGAAAAAGAAGAACAUGAUUUUUUAUUGUUAUUAUAAUUUUAUUUGUAAUGGUUAUUAUAAUGUAUAAUGUGAAGUUUCCUCUCUUUUUUUGCCUUUUAUUUGAAUAUUUUUGGGAAAUCAGUUAUAUCACUUUUGGAAACUGUUUUCUGUGAACAAAGAGUCCCGUCCCCGUUUACUAGUGUUGGUCGCCUCACCGAGACACAGUGGAACCUCUCUGGCUUGGAUUCACUCACACACACACACAUGCACAAACACAAUCACUCACACGCACACACACAUUUCAAAUGAAGAGAUUAUCAUGACAACCAAACGAAUCCUAUGCUGUUCUUUUUUCUGUUUUAUGAAAUCUAGUAUACUAGAUUUAAAAUCUUGUACAUAUAUUUUUUGGGUGUUUUUUUUUUUUAAAUCAUAGGAAAGCAGUGUUUACCGUGAUCCACCAGAGUGUUCCACUGUGUGAGAGAGUGUGUGUGUGUGAGAGACGACCACACGUAUCUACAGUAUCUAUAAAGUCACUUCUCAUCAGGAGCCCUUUGCUUUGUUUGAGCUCCACGCAAUGCUACAGGAGCCAUGACUACUCUUCAGGUGUGCUGCCACAUAGUGAUCCCCACAAUCAUUCUCGCUGUAGAUGUGUUGCUACAUGCCACAUAAUGAGCCUCUGGAUCUUAAUUUUGCUGUAUAGUCACCCCUGUUAUCACACCAUGGUUCUACCCAAUGCUGGAGAGAAGGGGACUCAGUGGAUCAAUCCAUUUUUAGUUUAACAGGGGGGGGGGGUGGAUGGGGCAUUAGGACGUCAAUCAUCCCUGCUGGCAAGGUCUGACCCCAUACGAAGACAAUGAAAAUGAUGAUGAUGAUGAUGAUGAUGAUGAUGGUGAUGAUGAUGAUGAUAUUAUUUAAGACAAUCAAAGUCAUGAGUGGAGCUCACAACAAAGUAAGAAUUAUUACAAGUAAAAAAAAAAUAUCUUACCAUCUCAACUUGAAAAAUCAAGAAAGAUAAUUAUGUAAAUAUAACAUAGAGUUAUAGAUUUAUAUUUUGUUCAUAACAGUGUAAUAUAAGUUGUAUAUUUCUUUUUUUCUCUCCCUACUGUCUCUUUAUUGAUGUUAUCCAUGCCACAGAAAAGCAGAAGUCGCAGUACUCUCACAAAAAAAUGAAGAAAAAUAUCAAAGAAAUAAAGAAAAACAGGAAGAAGAAAAAAAAUAAGCCGUGGGCUGCCACCACCAUCUGUUCUAAGUUCACUUUUUUUUCAGUAUUACUGCCAGACAAGGCUCUAAUAAAGACAGCAAUGU